GCGCAGUGGAUGCGUCGGCGGCGACCCUUCGGUCUUUUUCGGGAGGGGGCGAUGCUGAGAUGGGGGCGGCGGCAGCCGAAGCGGAUCGUACUCUCUUUGUGGGCAACCUUGAAACGAAAGUGACAGAGGAGCUCCUUUUCGAGCUUUUCCACCAGGCUGGGCCAGUAAUAAAAGUGAAAAUUCCAAAAGAUAAGGAUGGUAAACCAAAGCAGUUUGCGUUUGUGAAUUUCAAACAUGAAGUAUCUGUUCCUUAUGCCAUGAAUCUGCUUAACGGAAUCAAACUUUUUGGAAGGCCCAUCAAAAUUCAGUUUAGAUCAGGAAGUAGCCAUGCCUCACAGGAGGUCAGUUUGUCAUAUCCCCAGCAUCAUGUUGGAAGUUCAAGCCCUACUUCCACAUCUCCUAGCAGGUACGAAAGGACAGUGGAUAACAUGACUCCAUCAGCACCGAUAAUUCAAAGAUCUUUCUCUUCUUCAGAAAAUCUUCAGAGACACGCAGUGAUGAACAAUGUUUUGAGACAGAUGUCAUAUGGAGGGAAAUUUGGUUCUCCACAUCUGGAUCAGUCAGGAUUUUCCCCAUCAGUUCAGUCACAUAAUCACACUUUUAACCAGUCUUCAACCUCCCAGUGGCGCCAAGAUACACCAUUAUCACAGCGAAAAGUCAGACAGAAUUGUCAUCCCUAUGUAGUGGAUAGACAUUAUAGCCGUGAACAGCGUUACACUGACCAUGGGUCCGACCAUCAUUACAGAGGAAGCAGAGAUGAUUUCUUCUAUGAAGAGAGAAAUCACGAUGGCUGGAGCCAUGACUAUGAUAACAGAAGAGACAGUGGUAGAGAUGGAAAAUGGCGCUCGUCUCGACACUAACAAGUGUUAAAGGGAUGUUUUCAUAGGGUCAUUCUAGGCCCUUUUUGUUAAGUUGUUUCUGGGAAUGUUUUCUUAAACUCUAUAGAGCAGCUUUACAAGUUGCCACAUUUCUUUAUGAAAUUUUUAAAACCUAAUUGCAGUCCAAUACAGAAAUGAGAAUUGUGGUUCUAGUUUUAUUACAUUAAUAACCUUUCACCUCAGGGUUUUAAGAAGAGGAAAGGGUUUUAUGCUAAAGAAAGUGCCACAAUUCCUAAUCAUUUUAGACAGUUGAGGAAGGGAUGUAUUAUAUGGAUUAGUUGUAUUAUGAAGCAAAUAUUUUAAUUAUCUGUUAUCUUUUUGUAUUGCAAGAAAUUUCUUGUUAGGGAAUCAGAUUUUGGUGUAUAUAAUGGAAAACAUUCAAGUUGAUAGUCUGAAAUGACUCAGUAUUUUGUUACUAAAUGAGAAAAUGUAAAUUCAGUGAUUCAUUUUACUAACAUUUGAGAAAACCUUUUGGUCAAGUUUGGGGAUAAAUCAUAUUAUUUAACUUAGAGAACUUAAGUGUAAGUUCUGUGACAUGAUCUUGAGUUUUACUGUAAGUGAGCGUACAAGUAUACAUCUACACAUGCUGGUUCAUUAUAAAAUUUUAGAAUUUGCUCAUUAAAUCAUGUUUGAUGUAUGACUGAAGUCACUCAGGAAGUUAAAUAUCUCUAAAUGUAUUUUUUUUACAGUAAAAAUACAGUGUUAAUGUAAAUCUUUUUCUGGAAGAACAAAAAUGUAAAUGCAUAGUCAGAUAAAAUAGUAAAAUGUUUUACUGAAGGUAUUCUUUUUUGGGAAAAAAAGGUUCACGAAACCUUUAAGUGCUGCCUCUAUCACUCAAAUUUCUAAAAUUUUAACAUGUUCAAAGUGCAAGGGCACAUUUUAUUAUGGAGAUUGUACAGGGUUUUUUUGUUUUUGUUUGAACAUUUGAAAGAAUUUAGUCUAAAACACUUUGAUUUAAAAUUUUUAAAAUCUUGUUUAACAAAACUUUUAUGUAUCAAUAUGCCGUUUCCCUUUCAUUGUAGAACUUGUUUAUAAAAAUUCAUUCCUUGAAAAAUUUGGAUCCUUUUUAAUAUUAACCACAACAUUUGUACUAUGUUGCUUUUUAAUAUAUUGAAAACAAAAAGGAGGGGUGUGUCUUUUUUUUUUGACAUCACUAACAUUGUACACAAAAAGCUAGCAGCAUACUUUUAUUCAGUGAUUGCAUGGUGUUAAUUUAGAGUAUCCUGAAAUAUACCUUUUGAACAUAUCAAACUUAUAUUUUAGAAUCAGAUUUUCAGUAACACAUGGUUUAUGUUUCUGAGCACUGUAAACUAAUUUAGUUACUCUCCCUAGUCUCUAGGAGUUUGUACAUUUGGUUUUCUCUGUUUCUAAAUGCAUGUAGCUUUUCUGAGUCCACCUAAAUGGAGCUAGCUAUCCCAAUUACUCAGCACAGAACCUUAAAAUCAAGUUUCUCUUUGCUUAAGCAGUUUCAUAGUAGAAGGAUUUGUUUCCAAUGAGCCUGUUACUUUCAGGUGUCUUACCUAUAUGAAAAUUUACUCAGUAGCAUUUGUAGAUAUUAACAAAGAUUAAUACUGCUUUAUUGCAACUUAUCUGUGGCUCAGAUGUGUUGGUAUUGAUUCACAGGUGACCCUGGUCCAGAAUAAUUUUUUUCUUUUUUAAUGGUUUUUGGGACACCCCUUGUGAGGUUCCAGUGAGUCUUUUUCACUUCAUUCUCAUCCAGUUGAAAGUAACCAAACUAAAUAUAUGUACUGUGUAAAGAGAUAGAACAAGACAGCCACAAAGAAUUGAGUAUAGCUGGUGAGACAAUUCACCGAGGUAUUGAGAGCUGCAGGAGUAGAAAGGAAGAGUGUUUUUAUGGAAAGCAGCUUCUCCCAGAGUGUUCCAUGAAACAGUACUCACAAGGUGUUCUGCAAAAAUAACAGGGUUCUGUAGUCAAAUAUGUGGUAAACAUGUACUAUCUAACACUGUGACUUUCUCUUAAUGAGAAAGUGCCAUAAAGCUGACAAGUGCUGCAGUAAUGUUUAUACCUAACAGUACUUUUUGAACUUACUUGACCCUUGUUUUACCCUUUUAUACAUAAUACAUUAAGAUCUCCCCAAAGAAUCUCUGACUCCAUCCAAUCAGUCAUCAGAAAAUUUUAUACCACUUUCUGAUUACGUUGUGUAGGCCCAUCUUAUCUGUAUCCACUGCCACCAUCCUAGAAUGGGCAAUCAUCAUCGCAACAGGGUUAUUCCAACAGCACCCUAAUGUUUACGUACCAAUUUAUGUAUUCCUAUAGUAUUCCCUGUAUUUCUCUUACAGCCUUUUUAUUGCAUUAAAAUUUUAUUUUUACUUGUAUCUCUCUAGAUGUCUCCAUGAAGUCCAGGACCUCAUCUUUUUCACCACUGAAUUCCUAGUAUUCAGUGCCUGGCAUAUAUAUAAUACAUGUUAAAUUUUUGAUGAAUAAAUGGAGGAACAUUUGUCAAAUAAUUGAAUGAAGAAAGGAGGCUUCAACACUGAAAACUUCUUUGGUGUGGAUUUCCGAACCCUGAACCAUCAUUGCAUCCUAUUGUAAAAAUUGUAACACAACAUACUGUGCCUUUAAUACACUCUAGAAUUCUAUUUGUUUUUCAAAUUUUUAAGAAGUUAUUGGAUCUGUAUUCAUGAGGUUUUCUUAAAAUAAUUGUUUACCUCAGUUGGGUUUUGGAAUUGUGGUUCUGUUAGUUUUGUAGAAUGAAUUUAUAUCUUUUUUUGUU